CACGGAAGUCAUGGAGGAGAAUUAUGAGAUGGUGGCCUCUCUAGAAUCAGACCUCAAUUCCUGCUGGGAAGAAAGACAAGGUCCAUUUCUCCAGGAUCCCAAAGAAGGGGAGACAUCAGCAGGUAAUUGGCAGAAGAGUGAGAAUUAUGGUGGGCCAUCCGUGGUGUCAUUAGAAAAUGUGGAGAGUGAAACAGCGGACGAGAUAUUUGUAAAUCAACAAUCGCCCCCAAAGCAUGUGGAAAACAUGUUGAAAAAUGGGGAAAGGACACUUUCCACUACUCAGGACAUUGGUGUUCAUGUACCCUUGAAUUCACAGGAGCAAUGCACAGGAAGCAGCAAUGUGGAGUAUGAACAGAGGUUCAGUCAUAGUGGAAGGCUUAGUUUACAUCAGAGAACCCAAACAGGGGAGAAAGCGUUUCAAUGCAUUGAGUGUGGAAAGAGCUUAAGUAGUGCUGGUAACCUUGUCAAGCAUAAAAAAAUCCAUGCGGGGGAGAGACCCUUUAAAUGCAUGGAGUGUGGAAAGAGCUUCAGCCAGAGCGGAAACCUUAUGGCACAUCAAAGAAUCCACACUGGGGAGAAACCAUAUAAAUGUAUGCUGUGUGGAAGGAGUUUCAGUCUCAAUCACCAUCUUACUUUACAUCUAAGAACCCACACUGGGGAGAGACCUUACAAAUGUAUGGAGUGUGGAAAGAGCUAUUGCCAGAGUGGACACCUUGCUGCACAUAAAAUAAUGCACACAUGGGCAAAACAGUUUAAAUGCAUGGAGUGCGACAAGAGUUUUCUCAGAAAAAUUGACCUUACUGUGCAUCACAGAACCCACACAGGAGUGAAACCUUACAAAUGUAUGGAGUGUGGAAAGAGCUUUUGCCAGAGUGGACACCUUGCUGCACAUGAAAGAAUGCACACGUGGGCAGAACAGUUUAAAUGCAUGGAGUGCGGCAAGGGUUUUGUCAGAAAAUUUGACCUUACUGUGCAUCAUAGAACCCACACAGGAGUGAAACCUUACAAAUGUAUGGAGUGUGGAAAGAGCUUUUCCCAGAGAGGACACCUUGCUUCACAUCGAAGAAUCCAUACAGGGGAGAAACCCUUUAAAUGUUUGGAGUGUGGAAAGAGCUUUCACAGGAACUGUGACCUUACUGCACAUCGGAGAACCCACACAGGAGUGAAACCUUACAAAUGUAUGGAGUGUGGAAAGAGCUUUAGCCAGAGUGGAAACCUUAAUGCACAUCAAAGAACCCACACAGAAAAACCCACCCUUUAAAUGUUUGGAGUGUGGAAACAGCUUUAGUCACAAUUACCACCUUACUUUAAAUAAAAGAACCGACGCCAAGGAGAAACCGUAUCAAUGUACAGCGUGUGGAGAAAGCUUUGGAGGGAGUGAUGGCCUGACUGUGCAUCUGGGAACCCACGCCAUGGGUAAACCCUCUAUAAGUGAAUGUGAAAAAAGCUGCAGUAGGAGCAGCAAAUGUAUUUCAUGUAAGGGAAUUAUUUGCUGUUUCUCCCCCCCUUUAAACUGAGGGUUAAUUGGAUACUGUUGGAGCUCCUUGGCCUGGGGUGGGAGCUCCAAGUUUGAAUCCAAAGGAAGUCAAAUUGGGUAGGAGAGGCAGGCGGUUUGAUGCUCACCACCCAGCCAAGGCACGUGGCCCCGAUCCACAGGUCGUUCGCCUCCUUCAUCAAAUUCUUUCGGUCUGGGGACCUGACCUGAUUGGAGUGAUUUGCCUAAAAUCUUUUGUGUGUUGAUGCCUGAAAAAUUUGGGGCUCAUUUUAGACCAAGUCCCUUAACCUGAGUUCCUUCGCUGGGUUCCCCCGUCAGAGUGAAAAGUAAAAUGGAAGGCAACCAAAAUCCGAAGCAAAUUGGACCAUUAAGCCUUUGAUUGUUUAUUUGUCAUGACAAAUAUUCAGCCUCUAUAAAAGCAAAGGAAGGAGAACCUUGUGACAAAGGGUGUCCUGCCUUUUAAAGGUUUACAGUUCCUGCGAAACAGCAAGAAAUCCCACCGCACAAACGUCAGUGAUAGGUAGGUAAACGUCAAAGAGGCAUCACGGAAUUAGGAGGGGUUGCAAUAUGUCAAUCAGAACAUUUGGGAAUGGCGGGUCUUACACCUUUCCAGGCGGAAUUUACACGAAGCAUUGUUAUUGCAAGCUGCAUUGGGAUGGCAACAAGAGCAACCCAUGUUCUAUUCAUGGGACGGACGCAUGCAGACAUUUGCCAUUACAUCUCAUCCAUCGCCUCCAUCCAGAUCCAUUCAGUGGGAGAAACCUUGUCCUGGGAGUCUUCUCCCUGCAUGACUCUGCACUUCGGGGAUUAUGAUGGGAGAGAGACUUCCCACAACGCAGGAGUGUCCACAUGAUUCUAGAAGUCUGUUACAAAGAAUAAAUAAUUUACGAACCCUUUUA